CACUCGAAGCGUGGACAAGCAUCUGAGCAGCAGUAGCCACAACAGCCUGAACCAGCGUCGCUUUAACCUCACAAAUUCACCACCUCCUCUGUUACAAUUAUAAUUGGUCCGUCCACGUGACAAAUACCGCACUAUACUUGGAAAGAAUCGCAAGCGCAUCUCUGACAUCUUAACUUGAGAAAGUGUUCUUUGUGCGGUUAACAAAGGUCCAUUACUACGCUUUAACUCGGGACAGCGAGGAUUGAUUGGAUUGAUUGGAGGGUUGAUUGGAUGGACCUCCACUGGCCCACCUUCAAGAUGGACAGCUCCUCCUACCUGCCCGGUCCCCUGGCGUCCCCAGCCCUGAUGGUGUUGGCCUCCACAGCCAAGACAGGUCGUGAUGCCUCCGUCCCCUGCCAGGCCUCCGUACCCUGCCAGGCCCCGAGGUCCUUCAGGGCCCCAAUCUUUGAGAAUGACCUCCCCUUCCCCUCCGGCUCCUACACAUUUGCCUCCAUGUACAACCGUCAGGGGCCUAUCUCCGGCCACGGCUCCUUCCCUGCCAGAGACUUCCCUGCCUCCCUGCUCCACCUCCAUCCUCAGUUCCAGUUUCACCCCAACAACCUGGACUGCUCUUCCCUGGGGAUGCUCAACCACAUUGGGGUAGGGGCCUUCCGACCCUUCUCCUCCCCGCCUGAAGAGAGGGAGACCAGGGGUUAUCAGUCAGCCUUCACCCCUGCUAAGAGACUCAAGGGCUGCUACACAGAUUCUGAGGGGAAGGAGUAUGAUUUUGGAGGAGGGUGUUUCCUCUCUGGCUCACCGGGAUCACUCAAGGCCGCCGAGGAUUCUGUGAGGAAGUUGUUUACGGUGUCUGGGCUGCUGUCGGACAGAGAGGCCUCGUCUAGUCCUGAGGACCGUAAGGAACACUUGUGUCCAGUGUGCCAUGCUGUGUUACCACCAGGUGAGCUACAGGAGCACAUGGAGCAGGAGAUGGGCAGACUGGCACAGUUACAAAUCAGUACUAAUUCAGUGCAGAGAAACCAUCCAUUAGGAGCUACUAAGACCCUCUCACUAUCUCUGCACAUUAAAUGUGAGGGUGGGUCCCCCACCUCUCUCUCCUGCCCUCCUGAAGAGAUCUACUCAGACAGAUACCAGACGUUUCUGCGUGUGAGGACAAACAGACAUGCAAGACUGAAUGUCGAUGAUUGGUGCUACGCCAAACCCGCUCCUUUAAGUCACCUAACCCCAGACUGCCAAAGAAUUGUCAGGAUCGGCAAGCUGAAGAGGAGGAGACCUUACUUGGGCCAGGACAUUUUGUUGGACCUGGGGGGGGAGGAGUGGAGUGAGCGGAGGAGGAUACGGAUGACAUCCAUACUGGGAGGGUGUGAAGGGUCGGUGUUUGUGAGCAGCAGCACGUCUAAGGAAGGCCGCGCUGACCUGGACGUGGAUGGAGAUGUCACUCUGCAGUAUGGAAGAGUACAAUGUACGGAGGCAGACAUCCCCUGUUCAGGGAAGGAUCCUGGGGAGGUGGAGGAGAGGGAAGCACUGAGGGGGGCGGUUUUAAAUGGUGGUACACUGUCCAACAGAGUAACUCUGGAACAUUCCAAAUGGACAAAUGAGGGAAGUCCAUCCACUAGCAACGGAGAGAGCAACAAACUGGAUAACAGCAUAGCCUCCCUACACAGGACCUGUAAAAAUAGUGACAUUGAAAUCAUCCCGGAGGGCUCUGGGCUGACGACGUUGGAUUCACUAAGAAGUCGUAUACGGGACCUAGAGAAGCAGCUGUCCAGAGGAGACAGACACAACUGUCUUAUCUGUAGGGACACUUACACAACACCCCUCACCUCCAUCCAGUGCUGGCAUGCCCACUGUGAGGAGUGUUGGCUCCGCACUCUGGGGGCUAAGAAGCUGUGUCCACAAUGUAACACCAUCACUUCUCCUGGGGACCUGAGACAGGUAUUUUUGUGAUUGGGCAGGGCCAGAGAAGCACAGACCCCUGAGGGGGCAGGACAUCUGAAGUAUUAACCUUUGACCUUUGAAGGGGACGUAAGGACAGCUGGCCUGUCAGAGAUUACCCUUGUCUUUGCACCUUAACCUGCCCUAUACCCCCCUCCCAAACCAAGUAUGGGGCCACCCCAUGACAAAAUGGCACCCAUGACUGGGUAUUGCACAAUGAUUAGUCUUCAUGUCAUUUGACUUUUUAGGUUUGACAUUUGACCUUUGCUUUGCCCACCUAGAUAGCAUUCAUUUGUAUCAAGCUCACCUCAUCAUUUAGUGAGCCAUUUCUAAGAGGAGGACUCUGUGCUCAAUCCAUUACAAUUCAUACGUAAAUGACAAGAACUAGUCAUCUUAGUGCUCAGGCACUGAAAUAAUUAUUUUAAAUGGUUUUAGAUCAAAACAAGGUUGAGAUACUCUUUGGACUAUAAACUAUAAGCGGUAUACACUUUUGAAAAUAAUAGUGGUCUGUUUUUAUCAUAAGAAAGCACAUGUAAAUAGUUUUGUGUAUGUUUGAAAUGAUGUGCAGUACCUGUAAAAUGUUUGGCCAUGCCUACUCAGUCAAGGG